AGUAUGAGACUUGUGCUUGUAAAUCUUAUGUUUAAUAUAUAAUGGUAAUAUAAAUAUAUGUUAAUCAUUAUUAAAAAUGAAUAGAUCAAUGAAGCACGACAAGGGCUGUUCUUUAAUUCUUGCACUGACUGUGUGCUCUGCUGCUAUUGGGGGAACUCUUCAGUAUGGCUACAAUUUGGCCAUCGUCAAUGCACCCACUAUCUACAUCCAGAAGUUUAUUAAUGAGACGUGUAUGGAGAGGUGGGGCACAGCUCUGGACUCCAAUCAGGUGGUCCUUAUCUGGACCGUCAUAGUUUCUGCCUUUUCCCUUGGCGGACUGUUUGGGUCGCUGCUUGCUGGCCCUCUGGCUAUCCGCUUUGGACGCAAGCAAACCCUGCUGCUGAAUAACUCUUUCCUUUUGGUUAGUACACUCAUGGCACUGAGCAGUCGCUCAGCCAAAUCCUUUGAGAUGAUCAUCAUUGCUCGUUUGCUUGUAGGAGUUAAUGCAGGCGUGAGCAUGAACGUCCAGCCUAUGUAUUUCGGAGAGAGUGCUCCUAAAGCCAUGAGGGGUGCUGUUGCCUUUUCCUCUGCUGUUUUCACAGCAAUGGGAAUCCUAUUGGGGCAGGUGACAGGUUUGACUGAACUGUUGGGGCGUGAGGCUCUCUGGCCGUAUCUUCUAGCCAGCAACGCUGUUCCUGGCCUGCUCCAGCUGCUCACGCUUCCUUGGUUCCCGGAGAGCCCUCGCUACCUGCUCAUCGACAGAGGCGAUCGAGAGGCCUGCAGUCGCGCUCUUACCCGCCUGAGGGGCUGUAAUGUGUCUGAUGCUGAGAUGGAGGAAAUCUUGGAGGAACAGAAAGCAGUCGGUGAGGCUCGAGCCAAAUCACUCUGGGAACUACUGUCUGAUCGUAGUCUUCGGCGUCAGCUGUGCAUUGUCAUGGUAGCCAGCAGUUCCAUGAUGCUCUGUGGGAACGACUCCAUCUACUUCUAUGCCUCAUACAUAUUUCAGGAGGCAGGAAUACCCAUGGAUAAGAUCCAGUAUGUUGCCAUUGGCACCGGUGCUUGCGAAUUCACCGCAGCUGUAAUGUGUAACUUUCUGAUUGAAAGACUGGGUCGUCGCUUGCUCCUUGUUGGCGGGUACGUGUUCAUGGCUGGCUGGGCAGUGGUGUUCACCCUGGCUCUGUCUCUGCAGGGUAAAGUGGCUGGUAUGCCCUACCUGAGCAUGGCAUGUGUCUUUGCUUACAUCCUGAGCUUUGGCAUGGGUCCUGCAGGGGUAACCGGUAUACUUCCCACCGAACUCUUCAACCAGAUGGAUCGACCUGCAGCUUACAUGAUGGCCGGCUCCAUGAUGUGGCUCAACCUCUUCUUGGUGGGAAUGGCCAUUCCUUUCAUAGUCAACAGUAUGGGCCAGUUUUGUUUCAUUCCUUUCUGUGGUGUGUGUGUGGUCUCAUCCAUAUUCAUCGGUCUUGUCUUACCUGAGACAAAGGGGAAGACUAUAGCUGAAAUCACUGCAGAGUUUGAGAAACACAACAAGAAGGCCUCAUCUAAUUCAAAACAGGACCACUUACCGCUACAGGAAUCCAAACACAUUAUCCAUCUGAAUUCUGAUGAUUGAUAGAGUUCAUACAAAUUGAUUAUACCAUGUAUUUUACAUUAUUGUUCUUGCUGGCUUUGCAAUAUCAUCAAGUCUGUGCUGCAUCCAUUUUGUUAAAGGUACAGUUAUGUGUUUUGGGAAGACAUUGGAUUCUUCUACACAGAUUCCAAAUUUUUAAAUAAUUUCUAAUUGAGUAAAUGGUCAGUUAUUCAUACCUGAGCGUUAUUUAAUUUGCUGUUUGAUGGUAGUCCCAAUGUCAGUGUCUGAAUAAAUCUAAAUAAUAUUCAGGGCAUCUUAAAGUUUGCUCGUUUUGCUGCUGGAAGCUUGUGACUGUUUGUGAUUAAAACAUUGUCUGCCUGGGAACAAUAACCCAUGCCUCCAGUGACAGACAUUGGGUAGGCUGAUUUUAUUGACAAUCAAAUUAUGUCAGAUUUUUUAUUAUUUAUUUAUUUUAUUAUUAUUCAGAUAAAUUCUUUCUUUACUCUACCAAAAACAAAUUAUGCAUGCUGUCUCUGUAUGUAUACGUAUUAAUAUUUUAGUAGUUAUUUCUGUGUAUGCACUGAUAAAAACAUUGUACAGGAUAAGCUAUUUAUAAUCUAAUUUAAGUUUUAAAAUGUAAAAUUUAUAUUUUUGCUGCAGUGUAAGAGAUUGAACUAUAUGUAAUAUGUUAUUUCAAACUCAGAGAUUCUCUUUCACUAUUCAAAUGCUGUUAUGUUAUGUAUAAUGGUGCUCCAUACAUAAAUUAUGGUGUCUCCUUUAUUAAGAAUGCUAUGAAUAAAAAGUCAUGGUAUUUGAUUGUACUUGAAAUGAAUUUGUGUUAAACCACACUGAUGAAAAUACUGUGCAUGAUUGUAGUGCCUUCAAACAAAUUGCACUUCUAGUCCUUUACUCAGUAGUUUUAUCUAUUAUAUAAAAACUCCAAAGCAAACGAUGUUUCUUUGAAAGAGUUUUUUUUUUUUUUUUUGUCUGUAUGUCUUACAGAUCAAGGCAAUCGUUUUAAACUACAUGUUUGCAAACUUAGAACUGUAUUAGGUGUGUUAUUACCUUCCAAUAGAUGGCACUGUAUCCCAAAGACACUCUUGGCUGUUCUCAUGUACUGUCUUGACACUUUAUCACUGCAUACUGAUUCUUGUCUCAUGUGAACAAGGUCACUCUCAGCAUGCCAAUUCAUGGCCAACAGAUGACAUGAUAGCAGAUGGAAAGAGUUCAUUCUGCUGUUCCUCCUCCAAUUUUAAAACUGACCAACUGUUUCCAUUCUAAUCUCUGUAUACAAAAAAAAAUAUUUAUGCUCAUAUCAAGCAGUGAUGCAAAUAAAGCCUUACAUGUGUACAAGAUCAUAAUAAAGUUGUUGAGUCUUUCUGAAAAGGAAGCAUAGAAUUGCAUCAAAAGAUUU